AUGGACGGUGGCGGAGAUCCUGAGCGGCAGCAAGCCCUCGAACAAUAUAAGAACAAGCUUCUUGAAUCAAGAGAAUGGGAAUCAAAGCUAAAAGCUUUACGAAUGGAUAUUAAAGGCUUGCAAAAGGAUUUCGAGACCACAGAGGACAACAUCAAGGCAUUACAGAGCGUUGGACAGAUCAUAGGAGAAGUGCUCAAACAGCUUGAUGAAGAGAGAUGCAAGUCGCCUACAAGGCCUGCCUCUUCAGGCCCUCGAUACGUCGUCGGAUGUCGAUCGAAAGUCGAUAAAGCGAAGCUUAAACAAGGAACCCGCGUCGCUCUCGAUAUGACCACACUCACAAUAAUGCGAAUGCUUCCGCGAGAGGUGGAUCCUCUCGUCUACAACAUGUCAUUGGAGGAUCCUGGACAAAUCUCCUUUGCCGGAAUUGGUGGACUAAACGAGCAGAUCCGUGAGUUGAGAGAAGUGAUCGAAUUACCUUUGAAGAAUCCUGAGCUCUUCCUAAGAGUCGGUAUCAAACCUCCGAAGGGAGUGUUACUCUAUGGACCACCUGGUACCGGCAAGACUUUAUUAGCUCGUGCCGUGGCCAGCAGCUUAGAAACCAAUUUUCUCAAAGUUGUCUCGUCCGCCAUAGUCGACAAAUACAUUGGCGAAUCUGCGCGGCUAAUCCGCGAAAUGUUCGGCUACGCCAAAGAGCACGAACCCUGCAUCAUCUUCAUGGACGAGAUCGAUGCCAUUGGCGGUCGCCGCUUUAGCGAAGGCACUUCCGCCGACCGCGAGAUCCAAAGAACACUGAUGGAACUACUCAAUCAACUCGACGGUUUCGACUACUUGGGCAAGACCAAGAUCAUAAUGGCGACCAACAGACCCGACACCCUCGACCCAGCCCUCCUCCGCGCCGGCCGUCUAGACCGAAAGAUCGAAAUUCCCCUACCCAACGAAGUCGGGCGGCUAGAAAUCCUCAAAAUCCACGCCAGUGGCGUAGUGACGGAAGGGGAGAUCGACUUCGAAAGCGUAGUCAAGAUGAGCGAUCAAUUGAAUGGCGCAGACCUAAGGAAUGUUGUUACCGAGGCGGGGCUGUCGGCGAUCAAAGACGAGAGGGACGCGGUGAACCAGGAUGAUUUCAACAAGGCGGUUCGGAAGGUGGCGGAGAAUAAGAAGUUGGAGGGCAAGUUGGAGUAUCAGAAAUUGUAG